UACGACAAUGCCAGCAGCAAAGGCGACAGACGCGACAGACCUAGCCUACCUGAACGGCUUCGGCAACCACUUCGAGUCGGAAGCGGUCCCCGGCACCCUGCCAAAGCUCGGGAAUGCGCCGCAGCGCGUAGCACACGGGCUGUAUGCGGAGCAGAUCAGCGGCACGGCGUUCACGGUGCCGCGGGCCAAGAACCAGCGGUCGUGGGUGUACAGGCUUCGUCCGAGCGUGCAGCACUCGCCUUUCCGCCCGUACGCGAGUGCAGCGAGCACGACACCCCGCCUCGUAUCCUCUUUCCACGCCUUCAGCCCAGGCAUCAAGGCCACGCCACAGCAGCUCCGGUGGGACCCCCUCUCGCUCGGGGAGAAGGACGAGCGCGAGGCGGAUUUCGUCGACGGCCUCGCUACGCUCGCCGGCGCGGGCGAUAGCCAGACGAAGGACGGGCUCGCGAUCCACUUUUAUGGGUUUGGGAGGGAUAUGGGGCGCAAGAGCUUCUACAACUCUGACGGCGACUUCCUGAUCGUCCCCGUCACCGGCGAGCUCCUCAUCACGACCGAGUUCGGCAAGCUGCACGUGCCGCCGCAGCACAUCGCGGUCAUCCAGCGUGGGCUCAAGUUCUCCGUGGACAUUGUGAACCGCGAGCGCGCGCCGGGCGGCAUCGCGCGCGGGUUCAUCUGCGAGACGUACAAGGGCCACUUUGAGCUGCCUGACCUUGGCCCGAUCGGCGCGAACGGGUUGGCGAACGCCAAGGAUUUCGAGUCGCCCGUCGCGAGCUACGAGGACACGAGCGACGACUGGGUCGUGGUCAACAAGUUUAUGGGCGAGCUGUUUGCGUACGAGCAGCGCCACAGCCCGUACGACGUCGUCGCGUACUCUGGCAACUACGUGCCGUACCGGUACGACCUGCUCAAGUUCAACGUGAUCGGGUCGAUCUCGUACGACCACCCGGAUCCCUCCAUCUUCACGGUUCUCACCUGCCCCACCGACAGCCCGGGCACAGCAGUGUGCGACUUUGUCAUCUUUGCGCCGCGCUGGCUCGUGGCCGAGGACACGUUCCGCCCGCCGUACUUCCACCGCAACUGCAUGGCCGAGUUCAUGGGCAACAUUGCCGGCACGUACGAUGCCAAAGCGACCGGCUUCCUGCCCGGCGGCGCGAGCCUGCACAAUAUGAACUCGGCGCACGGACCCGACGCGGACACGUUCAACAAGGCGAGUGCCGCGGAGCUGCGCCCCCAGAAGGUCGGGGACGGCUCCAUGGCGUUCAUGUUCGAGUCGGCGUACCAGCUCGCCACGACAAAGUGGGCCAUCGAGGAGAGCGAUAAGCUCCAGCAGGAUUACUGGAAGGUGUGGCAGGGCUUGGAGAAGCAGAGUGAUUUGUAGGCUGGGGA